UGCAUGGCCCAUCGAUGAUCAACGCCGAAGCCCCUGUCGGAAAUUUUGAAUCAGAGCACCCUCGCAGGCUCCCUCCCCUCUCUCUCUCUUCCUCCUCCUCGCCGUCUUCGUUUUCCAGAUUUACGACUUGCUUCAGUGCCAUCCGGCGUGCGCCAUCGCCGUUGUUCGUUGCACGUUAGCCGUCGCCUAUUCACACUGUUACGCCCGAGCGCUUGCUGCAUCUUCGUCUUCGGCUGCUGCUUUCCGCCCCGUGCAUCCUCCUCUUCAGCAGCUUUCUUCCUGUCCGGCCGCUCUUGGAUAAGACAAAUCUUCUAUUCAUGGAGCAGGGAAUGGAGUCGGCCAGGAAUUGUGAUUCUCAAACAUGAGCCUGAUUUGUUUUGUUGGAGGUGCGGGCUUGAGAAGGUCCUUGGCCUAUGCUUCAACAAUGCAAGGCCUAUGCCUCGCCUUACAAUAGGCUCAAUGCGUUGCUUCGCCUCGUUGCAUUUAACAACAUUGGCUCCUGCUAGCACAGAGAGUGGCGGAUCGAGGGAUGACGCUUUACAUUGCUCGUGAAGCUUCCAAGCUAUGGAGGAGGAUCACGUUGGAGAUGACGAUAGAGUUACUUCUUCUGGCUGAGAAAUGGAAGUUUCUUCUGCUAGGACUUAUUUUUCAGUAUCUCCAUGGAUUGGCUGCUCGAGGAGUUCAUUAUUUGCAUCGUCCAGGUCCAAUACUUCAAGAUGUUGGGUUUGCGAUUCUUCCAGAGCUUGGUCCAGAUGAAGGGUACAUUAGUGAGACCGUCUUUACAUUCAUUUUCUUCUCCUUCGUCUUGUGGACUUUUAAUCCUUUUAUCUUUCACAGCAAGAGGUUCUACACUGUACUGCUCUGGUGUAGGGUGCUGGCUUUUCUAGUGGCUUGUCAAUUUUUGAGAAUCCUUACUUUCAUGGCAACUCAGCUUCCAGGCCCCAACUAUCAUUGUCGUGAGGGAGCGAAGCUUGCUCGUUUGCCACCCCCAAGGAGUGCUCUGGAAGUGCUUUUGAUCAACUUCCCUAGAGGCGUGUUAUUUGGCUGUGGUGACCUCAUAUUUUCAUCGCAUAUGAUCUUCAGUCUUGUAUUUGUUCGAACAUACCAAAAAUAUGGGGCAAAGAGAUUGAUAAAGCAGCUUGCUUGGCUGGUGGUGGUUAUUCAAAGUCUGCUGAUCAUUGCUUCCCGCAAACACUAUACAGUUGAUGUUGUUGUUGCAUGGUAUACCGUGAAUUUGGUGGUGUACUUCGUGGAGAAACAGCUACCUGAAGACAUAGUGGAACGUAAUGGCGGAAAUCCAUCACUGUUGCUGCCCAUGAAUGGAAAAGAUGUUAGAUCCAAAGAAGAGCUCCUCAAGUUGAUCAAUGGAAACUCUAUUGAUAACACUGAUCGGAGGCCAAGAAUAGAAGGAAACGGAAAGAUUUUGGAUGAUGGAAACCAAGUUCACGUUGAUUUGGGGAUGAAUGGUGCUUGAGACAAGCUGCCUGUUCCACUAGUUCUGGCAUUUGUGUGGCACAGUAUUCCUAUUGGACACUACUGCAAGCAACUGUCUAAAUCUGCAUAGUUGAUUCUUCAACAAGCAAUGGUAACCCAGGUGUUUUUAGAUUGGGUUCUCAAUUUUGAUACAUCUCUCUGUAUCAUGGAAGUAAAUAGUGUAUCAAGUGAAUAGAAUGGUGAUUAUUUUUUUGGCCUUAUUGAUUUUAAAUUGAAGCGGUGACUUGGUCCA